AUGGCCUUCAGUGAUGUUAUGCGUGGUAUAGCAGACGUAAUAUUGAACAACAAACUGAUCACGUUUCUCAGUGUGGCGCUGUUUGCCUUCAUAAUCGCCACGAUUGCGCUGGCCGGUCAGAACCAUAGCAAUGCGGAUGCCCUGGCCGAGUGUCAGUAUCGAUUGCAGAAUGCCAAUCCGAUGACAACGAUCGUACCGGGGGAGAGUACGACGCAAGCAGGAGCAACAACCACAGCAGAAACAGUUACAACAACUACUACAGUAGCAACUACAUCAGAUAGUAGUCCUGCAGGAGAAACUUCAGAAGUUCCAACUACAACUACAGAAGUAACAACUUCAUCUGCAUCUCCAGUAGAAAUACCUAAUAACAGAUAA